ACGAAUACACACACACGCGCGCGAUCCCUUUUUCGCCGAGGGGGGGGUGAACAUGAUCGACAGUGUGUGAAUGGCGAUGUGGCCCGGAGCGACGCAGCCCAUUGAUGAGCGCUGGGUGGGUGGAGAAGGAGGAGGAGGAGGAGGAAAAGGAGGAAGAAGAAGGGGGGGCGGCUCCGGGUGCGGUGGCGUCACUGCCCGGCGCGCGCUGAAGAUGGCUCCUCCGCGCGCUCCUCCGGCACACAGCUGCGUCAGCGGCCGCGCGUCCGAGCACGCGCUGCUGUGAGAGCGGAGACCGCGAAGCCGAAACGCCGAAGAGCGCGGCCACAGCGGGGGGGGGACCCUCCUCCGACGCCUCGAGUGCUGGGCGGCGGGAGCGCGCACCGUGGCCAUGGGUUCGACCACAGACGAGGAGUUUAAGGAGAAGCUGCUGUGGAAUGUGAAACGGGAGGUGAAGCAGAUCAUGGAGGAGGCGGUCACCAAGAAGUUCGUGCACGAGGACAGCAGCCACGUGAUCGCACUGUGCAGCACUGUCGAGGCGUGUCUCGGCCACUUGUUGAAGCGGAGGGCGGCGGGCUUUCUGCGCAGCGACAAGAUUGCGGCGCUCUUCACCAAGGUGGGCAAGGUGCACGCCACGACCGCGGAGGUGUGCCGCAAGGUGCAGGAGCAGCUGCAGCAGCAGGCCGAGGCCACCAGGAGGGUACAGAGCACAGGCCCGGAGCCCCUAAGGCGGCAGGGCUCAUCGGCCGGUCGCGCCCCCCAGCCCCUUUCUGCUCAGGCCAUCAAGCACAUCUGGGUGCGCACCGCGCUCUUUGAGAAGGUGCUGGAUAAAGUGGUCCAGUUCAUCGUGGAAAACUGCAGUAAGUACUACGAGAAGGAGGCCCUGAUGCACGAUCCAGUCUACGGGCCCAUUCUAUCAGCUCUGCUGGUUGGUCCUUGUGCGCUGGAGUACACCAAGCUGAAGACAUCAGACCACUUCUGGACCGACCCCUCAGCUAAUGAGCUAGUCCAGCGCCACCGGAUCCACGGGGCCCACCGGGGCCAGGAUACAACCCAAGGCCGUCGGCCUGCUCUGGGGAUUCGCAAGCGCCAGUCCAGCGGCAGCAUGUCGGAGGACCGGUUUGCGGCUUCCGCGCGGGAGUAUGUGGAGUCGCUGCACCAGAACUCCCACACGCAUCUCCUCUACGGCAAGAACAACGUGUUGGUACAGCCGAAGAAGGACAUGGAGGUGCUCCGGGGAUAUCUGUCCCUCCACCAGGCUGCGGAGAACCUCACCUUAAAGUGGACCCCCAACCAGCUGAUCAACGGCACCCUGGGCGACUGCGACCUGGAAAAGAGCAUCUACUGGGACUACGCUCUGACCGUGCCUCUCAGGCAGAUUGUGUGCCUCCACUGCCACCAGCGUCCGGACUGCGGUGGAACUCUGGUGCUGGUGAGUCAAGAUGGCAUCCAGCGCCCCCCGCUGCACUUCCCCCCCGGGGGCCACUUGCUUGCCUUCCUGUCCUGCCUGGAGAGCGGCCUAUUGCCCCGGGGCCAGCUGGAGCCCCCGCUCUGGUCACAGCGAGGCAAGGGCAAGGUCUUCCCUAAGCUGAAGAAACGGAACAGCACGGCUCGCCUGGUGGAGCAGGAUGCCGCGGCGGAAGAAGAGGUGGCUGCCGACUACGUCUUCCGCAUCGUCUACCCCGGCCAUCGCCACGAUUCCAUCACUAUAAACUACCACCACACGACAGGCAGUCGCGCUCCCUCGCUGGACGACGACGAGGAGGAGGACGAUAGACUUCACGCAAUGAUCUCAAUGAUCUGCUCGCGGAACCUCACAGAUCCUAGUGUCAUGAAAGACCACGGGGAGCUAAUGGAGGCGCAGGGCAUCGGGUGCAGCCCGUUGUCAUGGCAGCAGGGCGAGUGCUCCAGCCACGUGUCAUGCCUCUCCUGCUCCACCGGGGGCAGCAAUGCAUCCUUUGAGCUGCCUCCAGGCUGCACGUGCAUCCAUGACCGAAUACCCCUGAAGAUGCUCUGCCAGAACAUGAAGCGACAGAUCGUCUCCAGAGCUUUCUACGGCUGGCUGGCAUAUUGCAGGCACCUGUCCACUGUGAGAACGCACCUUUCAGCUCUGGUCAACCACAACAUUGUCCCGCCGGACAGGCCCUGCGAGGCGUCUGGUGGCCUCAGCAAGGACAUGUGGAGCAAGUACCAGAAGGACUGCAAGAACUACAAGGAGCUGGAGCUGCUGCGGUUGGUGUAUUAUGGAGGGGUGGAGCAUGAGAUAAGGAAGGAGGUGUGGCCUUUCCUGCUGGGACACUACAAGUUCGGCAUGGGGAAGAAGGACAUGAUACAGAUCGAUGAGAAAAUCGCCGCCCGAUACCAGCAGGUGAUGCGUGAGUGGAAGGCGUGUGAGGUGAUCGUGAAACAGCGGGAGAAGGAGACCCAGUCCGCCAUCUUCGCCAAGCUGUCCUCAGGCAGCAGCAUUGACAGCCAUGUCCUGCGCCUCAUCCACAGGGACUCCACUAUCAGCAACGAGGUGUUCAUGUCUGUGGACGAGCCGGACGCGGGCGGUCAGGACACCCCCGGGGGGAGCGACAACACACCCACCCUGUCCACCGUGGUGCCCCCGUCGGCCCUGGCACCUGACGAGAGGCCCCUGGUGGAGUUCGACUCCCCCGACUCGGGGCUGCCCUCCUCCCGCAACUACUCGGUGACGUCGGGUCACUCGCAGCUCAUGUCCAGCAUCGAGGACAGCCAGAGCACGGAGGAAGAGCCGACGGAGGAGGGGCGGCCGAACGACACGCUGGGAGAGCGGAGCCGGGAGGACUCCCUGAGCGAGGAGCGGCUCUGCAGCCAGCUGGACAAGCUGGGGACCAGCGGCGAGGGCGUCCCCGUCUCUUUGUCCUCUUACACGAUCGAGCUGUUGGACACGGUGGCUCUGAACCUGCAUCGCAUAGACAAGGACGUCCAGCGCUGCGACCGCAACUACUACUACUUCACCCCUGCCAAUCUGGAGAAGCUGCGCAACAUCAUGUGCAGCUACGUGUGGGAACACCUGGAGGUCGGAUACGUCCAGGGCAUGUGUGACCUUCUGGCCCCCCUCAUGGUCAUCCUGGACGACGAGUGCCUGGCAUACAGCUGUUUCACCCAGCUGAUGAAGAGGAUGAGUCAGAACUUCCCUAACGGUGGCGCUAUGGACACCCACUUUGCCAACAUGAGGUCUUUAAUCCAGAUCCUUGACUCUGAGCUCUUUGAGCUGAUGCACCAGAAUGGAGAUUACACCCACUUCUACUUCUGCUACCGCUGGUUCCUGCUGGACUUCAAGAGAGAGCUGCUCUACGAGGACGUGUUCGCCGUCUGGGAGGUGAUCUGGGUGGCCCAUCGCAUCUCCUCGCAGCACUUUGUGCUCUUCAUCGCCUUGGCGCUAGUGGAGGUCUACAGGGAUAUCAUCCUGGACAACAACAUGGACUUCACGGACAUCAUCAAGUUCUUCAACGAGAUGGCGGAGCGCCACGACGUGCAGCACAUCCUGCGGAUCGCCAGGGAGUUGGUGCACAAGGUCCAGACCCUCAUUGAGAACAAGUGAUCCCAGAAUCGCUUCACCCCUAAGGAGGACGGUCCCUCCCGCCUCGCCUCGCCUCGCCUCGCCUGCGCCCUCCCUUUACCCAUCCUGGGGAGGCCCCGCUGAGCACGAUGAGAGCUCAUGGCUGGCGCACCUGUUGCACCUGUUGCACCUGCCAAGACCAGUGGGGGGAAGAGGGAGGGGCCGGAGGGGCUGGGAGGCUUGGCCGGCCUCUUCCGGACGCAGGACGUGCUGUGCCGCGCCAGACUUUGGAGUCGUCUGCAUGCUCGUGAGUUUGACCACACUGUGACGCGAUUAUACGUUCGAUGCCGUUUAGGAAACGCAUGGCACAAGCGGGCCGCGCUCGACGGAUCGUUCCGGGUCACCACCAUUUACAGUAAAGACUCGCGCCAAAUGCAAAGCCCUCGUUACCUGCCGGAGUCCGUUCACUCGUAAACCACGAGCUGCUCUGUUGGAGGAAGAAGGCAAACCGUUACAUUGGGUAUUAACCGUGAUGUGUUGCUGCGAAAUGGCCAAAUUCGGUCUCCGGUGCCAACGGCGGUUCGCUUUGGGUGACAUCAACGGAUCCCGUCCCUGACGACGCCACGAAAACAACCCCCCAAAAAAAAAACUUAUGUUCGUGACCAAAAGAACUGUGCCAAUUUUAACGUGCUUAAAUGCUGUACGGAUCAGUCCGCAUCCAUCCGCGGUUUGUUUACCUCUGGACCGCACCCCCCCUUUACCCCCAGAGCAGGUUCCCGCCAUCGCUUUCCAUUCGCCACGUGGAUUCGGCACGCAGGGUGCAAGGAGAUGCAAGCGCCACCUUCGUGGGAACGCUCCCAGCUUCGCCUACGGCCACGCCCUGCCCCUGAUCUCGCAUUUUAGCACAGCCGGUACCACUGACCCCCUUUGUCCGCUAGUUCCACGAUAGCGCACAGUGCUGCUGGAAAACCCCCCUCCUGCCCAUAUAUGGUUUGUGCGCGCGUGUGUGUGUGUGUGUGUGU